CUAUCUCUCCCUCUUUUUUUUUUUCCAAUAGAAAAUAAACCUAAAAAAGAGUUAAUUAAAGUUCUAAUUCAGAGAGGAUAUGAUUCUGAUCCUGUGAAAGCCUGGAAAGAAGCUCAGCAAAAGGUUCCAGAUGAAGAAGAAAAUGAAGAAAGUGACAAUGAAAACAGCGACUCCACGGCAGACUCUGGACCAACUUUCAACUACCUUCUGGAUAUGCCCCUCUGGUAUCUAACCAAGGAAAAGAAGGAUGAGCUGUGCAAACAAAGAGAUGAAAAGGAACAAGAGCUCAACACAUUAAAGAAAAAGAGUCCAUCAGAUUUGUGGAAGGAGGAUCUGGCUGUUUUUAUUGAAGAACUGGAGGUUGUUGAAAACAAGGAAAAACAAGAUGAACAAGUAGGACUUCCUGGAAAGGGAGGGAAGGCAAAGGGGAAGAAAGCACAAACGUCUGAAGUCUUGCCUUCUCCUCAAGGAAAAAGAGUUAUUCCCCAAGUGACCAUGGAGAUGAAAGCAGAGGCAGAAAAGAAAAUUAGGAAGAAAAUUAAGAGUGAAAAUGUUGAGGGCACGCCUACUGAGGAUGGUCAGGAACUAGAAGGCCUUAAACAAAGACUAGAGAAGAAGCAGAGGCAGAAGAGAGAGCCAGGUAUUACAACAUGUUGAGCAAGGUGGUAUAAACUCUAUAAGUGUUAUUAAUAUAUUCUACAUAGAUAUUCAAUGUUUUUGUAGCCUGGAUUAAGUAUUGUAAA